AUGGCAUCAGCACAUCAACAGGAUUCAACUACACAAUCACUUCAUAAUAUGAGUUUGAAUGAUACAACAACCGAACCAGUGCAACAGCCACUGAACAAUAAUAUAUAUGCGUCUAAUUCACCAACACUAGAUAAUAACAACAAUAACAAUAACAACAACAGCGACAACAACACACGCGGUGCGGGCUUGCAAGGUUUUAAUAACAACAAUAGUAGUAGCAACAACACUAGUAACAGUAACCUUGCUAAUAGUAAUGGCACAACUGGACAAACAACAAACAACACUACAACAACCAUAACCACCGCUAGCAAUGACGCCAAAAGUAUACCUAAACCAAACUCCAACAACAAUUCCAAGCCCAAUCUAAGUAGUCAAAACAGCUCAUCAAACUCACUAACUAAAAAAGUAUCUCGACAUGCACACAAGGACACAACAACAAAAGGCAAAUAUAGUCUUAAUGAUUUUCAAAUUUUACGAACAUUAGGAACAGGGUCAUUUGGACGAGUUCAUUUAACUAGAUCAAUUCAUAAUGGACGUUUUUAUGCCAUGAAAGUAUUGAAAAAAGAACGAGUUGUCAAUAUGAAACAAGUUGAACAUACCAAUGAUGAACGAAGAAUGUUAAAAUUAGCCCAACAUCCAUUUAUAAUUCGAAUGUGGGGCACAUUUCAAGAUUGCCAUAAUUUAUUCAUGAUUAUGGAUUAUAUAGAAGGAGGUGAAUUAUUCUCAUUAUUACGAAAAUCACAACGGUUCCCUACGCCAGUGGCUAAAUUUUAUGCUGCGGAAACUUUCCUAGCUAUCGAAUAUUUACAUAAUUUGGACAUUAUUUAUCGUGAUUUAAAACCAGAAAAUAUCUUGUUGGACAAAAACGGACAUAUCAAAUUGACUGAUUUUGGGUUUGCCAAGGAAGUUCAAGAUGUAACUUAUACAUUAUGUGGUACUCCUGAUUAUAUUGCUCCUGAAGUUGUUGCUACAAAGCCAUAUAACAAGUCAGUUGAUUGGUGGUCUUUUGGAAUAUUGAUUUUUGAAAUGUUGACUGGAUAUACUCCAUUUUAUGAUCCAACUCCAAUGAAAACUUAUGAAAAUAUCUUGAAUGGUACAAUUACCUAUCCUGAUUAUUUACCACCCGACAUUUUGGAUCUUUUACAAAAAUUGAUUGUUAAAGAUUUAACUCAAAGAUUGGGUAAUUUACAAGGUGGAUCCAAUGAUGUCAAGAAUCAUCCUUGGUUUAAAGAAGUCAUAUGGGAACGAUUAUUAUCUCGAGAUAUUGAAACUCCUUAUGAACCGCCUAUUACUUCAGGUGUGGGUGAUACUUCCCAAUUUGACAAGUAUCCAGAAGAUAAAGAUUUGGAUUAUGGUAUAAGUGGGGUGGAAGAUCCUUAUCGAGAUAUGUUUCAAGAUUUUUAA